AUGGUGAGUGGCUAUAUAUUAUUGGUGGAAUUCCUUCAAAGACGUCAUUCUUGAACGAAACGUGAAACCAAGAAAAAAUGAAUUUUCUGGUCUUUCCUCUCCUUUCUUUUGCAGACAGCGUGUAUUACAUCAGCAGUUCUUAUGCAGUAUUUCCUGAUGGCCGCUUUCUGUUGGAUGCCGGGAGAGGGAAUUUAUCUUUACCUUCUUGUUGUGAAAGUUUAUAACAUCAGCGACAAGAUGUAUAUUUAUCACGUCAUGUCAUGGGGUAUGUUAGUUGUACAAUUGUAUUUAUUAUGCAGUUGAGAAUUAUUUUGUUAACGAACUGUAUCAUUUGGAUCGCUAUAUGAUUCUAAUUUGUGAUAGGUUUGCCCGUCAUCGUGGUGGCCAUUUCAUUAAGCAUAGCAGCUGGAGCAGCAGAUGGGAUACAGAGCUACAUCAGUGAUGACUAGUGAGAUGGAAUUUUAAAGUUUCUUUUUCUCCCCUCGACCCUUUUGUAUACUUUUUUUUGUUGAGAUUUUGACUUGAUUUCAUCUUUUCUUUCCCCUCUUCAUUAUCAUAGUGAGUCUGCCCUCUAUUUUCUUUGAUUUUCAUAACCUUUUAUCCUUUUAGGCCAGCUUCUGACAUAUAUAUUUUUUGUUAUAGAACUGUUGCUGUUCAUCGUUGUUUUACAAUAAACGUUUUAUAAGUGAACGUUUAAUAGUUUGUCGCACGAUGUACGAGUCAAGCUACUCAAUCGUGUAUCGAUCGCGAAAUCGAGAUCAAUAGACGAUUUAUCAACUUGACUCUUACAUUGUGAGAAAAACUAUUAAAUGUUUAUUUACGUAUGGUUAUUUUCAUAGUAUGGAUGUUACUCUCUGUCUUCCCUGUCAGGAAGAUUGGGAAACUGAAAUCCACCAGUAUUUAAAAUUUUUUGCGCUCUUUUUUGAUGUUUUUUUUCCUUUUCCUUCUUAGUUGUUGGAUGUCCUCAACUAACAAUCUGAUCUGGAUAUUCGUCACAUUUUUGGUUAUCGUUGAAGUUGUAAGUUUCAGAUUUGAACCAAUAUUUUUUCUUUUGACGUUGUCAUUUGCGAUUCUGGUUUGAGACAUAAUAUAUGUAACAGCCCUACCUCAAUAGAACAGUGUUUUCAUCUCUCCUCUUUCAGAUCAACAUUUUGAUUCUCACUCGAGUCAUAAGGGAGAUGACCAAAAUGCAGCCAAGAGGAGGAAAGUAA